CUUCCUUCCCAUUCCCCUCCUGCCCCUUUCCUCCCACCUGGCUUCUGGUGUCCUGUCCUGGGCCUGUCUGCACUUCUGGCCAGCAGGCCCAGGCCAUAAGAAGCCGAGGGGCUGUGUCCCUGGGUGCUCUCUUUGCCCGGCCCGGUCUCUCUGCUAGUGGUGGUUUCGGUUGCGACACAGUCCAAGUUCCCAGGCAGGAGCCGCUUGGCCUGGCUGCUUCGCUACUUUCCUCUGAGGAGGUGGUGGAAGGUGUCGCCUGCCUGGCUGAGUGAGGGAGGCUGGCCUAGCUGCCUGCCCCGCCCUGGGCCUGGCUCUUCCCGGCUCUGUACUUUGCCCUCACUGCCUGACAGCUUCUGCUUUGGGCUCUGCUGAAUGGAAGUCGCUGGUAAUCCUUGUCCCUUCCAGACGGCCCGCCCUGGGACACCUCGACGCCAAGCCCAGCAGUAAGUCCAACAUGCUGCGGGGCCGCAACUCAGCCACCUCUGCCGACGAGCAGCCCCAUAUCGGCAACUACCGACUCCUCAAGACCAUCGGCAAGGGUAACUUCGCCAAGGUGAAGCUGGCCCGGCACAUCCUGACCGGGAAGGAGGUAGCUGUGAAGAUCAUUGAUAAGACUCAGCUGAACUCCUCCAGCCUCCAGAAACUCUUCCGUGAAGUAAGAAUAAUGAAGGUCUUGAAUCAUCCCAACAUAGUUAAAUUAUUUGAAGUAAUUGAGACUGAAAAAACGCUCUACCUUGUCAUGGAGUAUGCGAGUGGAGGAGAAGUGUUUGAUUACCUAGUGGCUCAUGGCAGAAUGAAAGAAAAGGAGGCUCGGGCCAAAUUCCGCCAGAUAGUGUCCGCUGUGCAGUACUGCCACCAGAAGUUCAUUGUCCACAGGGACUUAAAGGCGGAGAACCUGCUCCUGGAUGCUGACAUGAACAUCAAGAUUGCAGACUUUGGCUUUAGCAAUGAAUUCACCUUUGGGAACAAGCUGGACACCUUCUGCGGCAGCCCCCCCUAUGCUGCCCCAGAGCUCUUCCAGGGCAAAAAGUACGACGGCCCUGAGGUGGACGUGUGGAGUCUGGGAGUUAUCCUGUAUACACUGGUCAGCGGAUCCCUGCCUUUCGAUGGACAGAACCUCAAGGAGCUGCGGGAGCGGGUACUGAGGGGGAAAUACCGAAUUCCAUUCUACAUGUCCACGGACUGUGAAAACCUGCUUAAGAAAUUUCUCAUUCUCAAUCCCAGCAAGAGAGGCACUUUAGAGCAAAUCAUGAAAGAUCGAUGGAUGAAUGUGGGCCACGAAGAUGAUGAGUUAAAGCCUUAUGUGGAGCCACUCCCUGAUUACAAGGACCCUAGGCGGACAGAGCUGAUGGUGUCCAUGGGUUACACACGGGAAGAGAUCCAGGACUCCCUGGUGGGCCAGAGGUACAACGAGGUGAUGGCCACCUACCUGCUGCUGGGCUACAAGAGCUCCGAGCUGGAGGGCGACACCAUCACCUUGAAGCCCCGGCCUCCCACAGACCUGACCAGCAGCAGCGCCCCUUCCCCCUCCCACAAGGUGCAGCGCAGCGUCUCGGCCAACCCCAAGCAGCGGCGCUUCAGUGACCAGGCUGGUCCUGCCAUCCCCACCUCUAAUUCCUACUCUAAGAAAACUCAGAGUAACAACGCAGAAAAUAAGCGGCCUGAGGAGGACCGGGAGUCCGGGCGGAAGGCCAGCAGCACCGCCAAAGUGCCUGCCAGCCCCCUGCCUGGUCUGGAGAGGAAGAAGACCACCCCCAGCCCCUCCACGAACAGCGUCCUCUCCACCAGCACAAACCGAAGCAGGAAUUCCCCACUUUUAGAGAGAGCCAGCCUAGGCCAGGCCUCCAUCCAGAAUGGCAAGGACAGCCUAACCAUGCCAGGGUCCCGGGCCUCCACGGCUUCUGCUUCUGCCGCAGUCUCUGCGGCCCGACCCCGCCAGCACCAGAAAUCCAUGUCGGCCUCCGUGCACCCCAACAAGGCCACUGGGCUGCCCCCCACGGACAGUAACUGUGAGGUGCCGCGGCCCAGUACAGCCCCACAGCGGGUCCCUGUCGCCUCCCCCUCCGCCCACAACAUCAGCAGCAGUGGUGGAGCCCCAGAACGAACUAACUUCCCCCGGGGUGUGUCCAGUCGAAGCACCUUCCACGCAGGGCAGCUCCGACAGGUGCGGGACCAGCAGAAUCUGCCCUUUGGUGUGACCCCAGCCUCUCCCUCUGGCAACAGCCAGGGCCGGCGGGGGGCCUCUGGGAGCAUCUUCAGCAAAUUCACCUCCAAGUUUGUGCGCAGGAACCUGAAUGAACCUGAAAGCAAAGACCGAGUGGAGACGCUCAGACCUCACGUGGUGGGCAGUGGAGGCAACGACAAAGACAAGGAGGAGUGUCGGGAGGCCAAGCCGCGCUCCCUGCGCUUCACCUGGAGCAUGAAGACCACGAGCUCCAUGGAGCCCAACGAGAUGAUGCGGGAGAUCCGCAAGGUGCUGGACGCCAACAGCUGCCAGAGCGAGCUGCACGAGAGGUACAUGCUGCUGUGCAUGCACGGCACGCCGGGCCACGAGAGCUUCGUGCAGUGGGAGAUGGAGGUGUGCAAGCUGCCGCGGCUGUCCCUCAACGGCGUGCGCUUCAAGCGGAUAUCGGGCACCUCCAUGGCCUUCAAAAACAUUGCUUCCAAAAUAGCCAACGAGCUGAAGCUUUAACAGGCUGCCCGGCGCGGGGCGACGGCCGCCGGCUGGACUUAGCUGCUGGGGCCGCUGCCCCCGGCCGCCGGCGCCGGGUUGGGUGUCUCCCCUGCUGGCACUUCUCCCUCCCCGCCCCUCUCGGUCUUUUCUUCCAUGUUUGUGGGGGAUGGGAGGGGGUGCUUCCCACUCACCCCCAUUUACCCCUGUCCAGAAUUUACCCCUUGUCCCCUCUCCCCCACAGGAGGCUAAAGAAGGGGAGGGGGUGGGGGGGCAGGGCUCCCCCUCGGUACUGCGGUUGCACAGAGUAUUUCGCCUAAACCAAGAAAUUUUUUAUUACCAAAAAGAAAAAAGAAAAAAAAAAUCCCAGCGACCACCUUUCCUCCCUGCCCCAUUGGGACAGUCGAGACUGGAUCUGUGGGGUUUCCCAGGAGGGUGGCUCAGGGCUGGAACACUCUCAGGCAAGAGUGGUGGAGUUCCCUGCCAGGCCCUCCGCCAGGCCCACUUUGGGCUUCUCCCCUCUCCUCCCCUUCCUCUCCCAGCAAACCUCCAGAGGUGGCCUUCCCCUGACCUCAGGCUCCUGGGCAGGAGCCCUGGGUGGUUGGGGGCCGGGGCGGAGGUGCUGCCUGUCUGAGGUGGGCGGGCUGGCCGCCAAGGGGCUCCAGCCUCCCUCCACACCGUGUCCUCCGCCCGCCUUCCCCAGAGCUGGGCAUUUCCUUCCACAAGCUGCUGUGGGGACUCACGUUCCCCUCCUCAAAAGUCUGUGCCAUCUUCUCCCGCCCCUCCCAGCGAAGGUAGGGCUGACCCCAGGGCUGGGGGCCGGGAGGGUCGCUGGGCAGAUGGGCUCCUCGGCCCCCAGGGGGCUGCCAGGGCUGCUGUCUCUUGUCUCCUCCGGAACUGCUGGGCCUCUCCGUUCUGGGAGAGCCUUUGUCUGAAAGCACAGCCCUCGCCGCCGCACCUUCCCCACCGCUCCCGUCUCGGCAUUAAUCUGGGCACCAGCUAGUUCCUGAGCAGUGACUUCCCUCCCCACUCACCUGGCCUGGCCUCUCCUCUCAGGAGACACUGCCCAGGUCUCCACGGCCACCUGGCAGGAGGCUGCGUGGGGCAGUGGGGUGGGAGGUCUGCCCUCCACAGGAUGGGAGCCAGGGGCCAUGUGACCCCCAGCUUGCUACACUGCAGCCAGUGUGGGAGUGCCCAGUUCUGGACGCUUGGCUGGUGGCGGCCGCUGCAUCCCUUAAUUUAUUUCUCUGCUGUUUCUGUUCUUGAGAAAUUGGGAGAGGGGGUCCUGCAGAGGCUGCCUCUACCCUCACCUGAGUUGUACAUUUUUUGUGAUGGGUUUUAUUUUUUAUUUUAUUAUUUUAUUAUUAUGGUUUUUUUUUUUUUUUUUUUUUUUGAUUUAUGAUGACUCCGCCCCUACUCAUCACUCUCCUCCCAGGCCAGGCUCCUGCAAGUCGAGCCCUUGGGUCCCAGGAAGGGGCCUCGCCAACCUCAGCCCUCCUGCCCCAAGCCCGACUGUGACUGUGGGCUCCGGCUCUGACCAAGGGCUCCCUCUCUCCUUCCCUGCCCCUGCCCUUUGGAACAGCCCGGGUGCUCGAGGGGCCAGGAGGGCAAGGCUUGACUCCCAGAGGGGGUGGCAGCCCGGGGGCCUCCCAGGCUAGGUGGCCCCUCCCCACCCAGCCCCCCCUCCUGCACUUAGUUUCUCCUCUGGAUCAAACACGUAAUAAAGAGAA